UAGAUUCGACGCUUACAUCAAGGUCAAGCUCCACUGGUAGCAACGCUGCAGAUUGCACACUGUCGGGCUCUGCUUGCGCGGUAUACGAGACUCGACUUCUUCUCGAAACAGUGGCUGAGCCUUUCAUCCCCCGCCUCUCAGCUCAAUCACUAUGGCGGCAGGUGCCGUGGCUUACAAGGACCGACAGUUCCUUGCCGUCAUCGGCGACGAAGACUCCGUAACUGGCCUUCUUCUCGCCGGGAUCGGGCACGUCACAGGCCCUCCGGAUUCCCAGCGGAAUUUCCUCGUCGUUGACGCAAAGACAGAGAACUCAACUAUCGAAAACGCAUUCCAGAACUUCACACAGGAACGAAACGAUAUCGCUGUCCUCCUGAUCAAUCAACAUAUCGCAGAGCGCAUCCGACACGUCAUCGAUUCUUACUCCGAAGCCUUCCCUGCCGUCCUUGAGAUUCCAAGCAAAGACCACCCAUAUGAUCCUGAGAAAGACAGCGUAUUGAAGCGAGUUCGUCGAUUAUUCGGUGAAUAG